AGUCGUCGCUCGGAAAGUCUUCACUCGGCCAUGAGGCGAAGGAUAGGUAUCGUGGGCUUCGGCCACCUGGGUCAGUUUCUCGCAGCCGAGGUUCAGCGGAGGCCCGACGCCUUCGAGCUGGCAUUCGUCUGGAGCAGAGGUCGAGUACAAGGCUUGCCCCAACAUCUGGUCCUCGAAGACCUGGCGCAGUUUGCUUCUCGAAGGCCCGAUAUUGUGGUGGAGGUAGCGCACCCGUCCAUAUCGAAGGCGUAUGGCGAGCUGUUCCUUCGGCACGCAGACUACCUGGUGGGAUCCCCGUCAGCCCUCGCAGACCCGGAGACGGAGCUGAAGCUCCGGUCAACAGCACGUCAAGGGCGCCAUGGCUUAUACGUUCCGAGCGGGGCACUCUGGGGCUUGCAUGACAUCCGUGCAAUGGCGGACAGGGGAGCCCUUGCAGAACUCACCAUCACCAUGGCGAAGCAUCCCACAAGCCUCAAGCUCGUCGGGGCAGAUAUCAAGGCUAGGAACGACGCUGUUGUUUCUCGUCCAACUCUUCUCUACGAAGGUCCUGUACGUGAGCUCUGUGGUAUGGCUCCAAACAACGUGAACACUAUGGCGGCAGCUGCCCUUGCAGCCCACAAUCUGGGAUUCGAUGGCGUAAAAGGUCGUCUGGUUGCCGAUCCCGCACUCAUAGACUAUCACGUUGUUGAGGUGGAAGCCAUCGGCCCCACAGAAGAAGACGGACGUACCUUCCGUGUCCACACCGUUCGAAGGAACCCCGCCGCUCGGGGAGUCGUCACGGCAUCGGCGACUUACGAUGCCUUUCUCAGCAGCCUUCUAGCUGCCCACGGCAAGGGCCCAGGCGUGCACCUCUGCUGAGCGGGCAUCUAGUUCACGCAAUCUCAAGAUUCUCGAUUUAAAGACGUUAUGCACAAUGACCUUGUAGCGAACCGUUCCAGCAACCUGACGCAACGCACGCAGCUCUGCUAACACAACGUCUGCGAAGUGUGUGGGUGCCUGGAUGGUGCUGUACAAAGUAGAUGCGAUACCUCUGCACUGUUGAUCGAAAUAAAAGAUAUUUUGUCGAUA